UGAGCCUCCUACUACGAACGUCUUUCAUUUUGAUUGUUGAAAUAGGUAAGUCUAAUCUUGAAUCAGAAGAACGAUAGAUGAGUCAGAAAAAUAACAGGUGUCAAUUAUGGGGAAGUUCAUAAUAGUUAACGGAAAUUUUCGAUGCGGUUACUUGAACUGACUCGACACUUCCGUUAUUACCGAGAAACAUGGCGGACAAGCGGCGUUCAGGAGUCUCCACGGUGAUGUCUGACUCAAAAGCCACAACCAAAGCAGAGACAGACCAAGAAUUCUUAUCUCAGGCGGGCGUGGGAGUUUUACUUCGAGGUGCGUUGCUUAAACUCGUAGAAGCCAGAUCGGAAGAUCCAAUUGGUUUCCUGGCUGAACAUUUUAGCAAUAUAGCAUCCGAAACGGAAAACGGUCCGGUCGGAGGCAGUGAUGGGGAGCAUCACAGCAAUGUACUGGAGCAGCAGCAGCUUAGCCGAGCCUUGUGGCACAUCGGCCUAGCGCAUCACUCACACAGAUCAGCAUUUAACAGCAACACACGUGUAGCUUAUGACCUCCUGAUGCAGAGUGGGUCUCGUCGCCAUGUUGCUGGUGGUGUCAAAGGUCGUGUGUACACAGAGCUGCUGCGCGGCUUAUGCAGCGAGGGCGGCCUGUCCGUCACCGCCUCAGCCCCGCUCCUUCUGCGCAUCCGCUGCCACGAUCAUGAGGCUGUGCCCUUCGAGCUCUUCCGGCAGGGCGUGCUGACCUGUGCCGUGUUCGCCGACUACAUCCGUAAGUCCCAGUGCCUGUACGCAGCCGUCAGCAGCUGCCCUGAGAGGGCCGCCGACAGGUCGCUGUGCCAGGCUGUGCUGGGGACCCUCCAGGAGGCCCUGGAGACCACCUCGCCCUGGUCCGACGUGGCCCGUUACCUGGAGGCCAGCAUGAAGAUCUCGCCUGGUAAGUUGGCCCAGGCCAUGGCGGAGGCCCAGGGGCCUGACGGAGGUGGGAUGGGCCCCACCAUGGAUGCACAGGAGUUUGAGGACAGUGCUGCCAAGCUCUUCCUGACCAGAGUGCGCAUUGUGUCUUAGAGAGACUGUGACACUAAGGCAUAACACGCUGUAGCAAGAUGUAGCAGGGCACAGUGUAAGGGAGUAUAAAGCAUGAUCUCAAAUAUGAUGCUCAUGUCUCUUAUGAUGCAAUGAAUAGGCAUUUACCUCAUUCGCCUGUUUUGUAAACACUGUGGGGGGGGGGGGGGGGGGUCAAAUACAAUAAUGCAGUUAGCUCUAAACAAUGUACUGACGUCAGCAUGACCAAAUAGCAUUUAGACUUGAUUAGAACUUCAGUAUCUCACAGAUUGUCUGAGUAUGUUACACUGUUUCUGAAUGUGACCUUACACUAUUACUUCCACUUUUAUGUGAGUUUUACAGAACUGGAACCUGUUGCUAAGCAACAGUGGCCAUGAGAAGGGUGGUUGGAAACAGCACCUAAGCCAGGAGUUUGAAGCAGAGUUUAAGAGAGCAGCAUGCAAUAUUUGAUCGUCUUUGAACUUUUUCCAAACCCUCAUGCGACGUGGCUCUAGAGCCUUGUUCUUAAGCUUGCUUCAGACAAGACUUAGUUGGCCAGGCUUUACAUGAUGUAGACCAGAUGACAUUGAUAUCUGGAUACGGAUAUCAUUGUUUACAAGAAGUUCCUUUGCUGCCUUCAUUAUGCCCUCUUAUUUUAGUAAAUAUGUAUUGUGACUAUUUGUAUAUUUAAUAUGUCUAAUUUAAAGAACAUGUUUCAGAAAGCUAAAGAAGAAAUGCUAUAAAUUAAAUCUUCAUUUCAAUUCUUCAUAAGAAUUCAGUUUUUCAAGAUACUUCUACAAGAGAUAGCUUAUUGUCAGAAUCAAAUAAAUCAUACAGAAAAUCAGUUUUCCCUUGGCUUCUAAUUUAUAGUGCCCUUUAAACUGUAGGUUGAGUCCAGAGUAACCACUUGAAAUAUCCAGUAGAGGUCAGCCUGGAGCAAAGGUAUGUUAAAGAGUAACUUCACCCCCAGCUUUGAGCCAAACUGAGCCACCCACUACAUCAUUUUGAAAAAUGCAAAAAAAAAGUGGACAAGGGGCGGAGUAGGCCUAAAGGAGGGUCUCGAUCAGCAAAUGAAAAUAAGACUCAUGCUCAUGGGCAGGGGCUGGGGGAGGUGGGCUGCCCAAUUAAUUAAGUCCCAAAUGGUUGACUAUGUCAGAAUAGGCCUUGCGAGGUUCAGGGUGACCGUAUAUGAAAUGUUGGAUUUAAAUAAAUAAUAAUAAAAAGGUAAUUGUCUCAAUAUUAACACUA